CAAACCCAAUGUAGUUUUCUUCACAAGAUUGAACUGUGGACGUAUUUCUUUGAAUAGAAAUGUUGGAUAUAUCAUUCGUGAACAAGGUGGAGAACAUUGCGAAAAACCCCAAAGUCACCGCCAUUAAUUCAUGUAUUGAAGUUGAUAUAACUGGUCAGGUUGUUUCUGAUUCUAUUGGAACAAGAAUGUAUUCUGGUAAGCAUGGUAUUUAGGCUCAUGUGUCAGUAAUGUUUGGAAUUGCUGUAAAGAUUGGUUGAAAGAUUUCAAUAUUGAAAUGUAAUGAUUGGCUAUGUGAUUUAUAUUGGACAGUUUAAGUUCGAUACCAAUACCGAUACCAAUGUUUUCACUUCCGUUCUCAUUUUGGUACCGGGAAUUUUAAAGCGUUAAGUUAUCACGACAGAUAAAGUAUAGAACACAUUAAUCGUCACCGAAAAUGUGCGGUAUACUAAACGGCAGCUGAGCUAAAAUUCCGACUAAAACAUGACUCAGGCGAUGCUAAUAAACAAAUAGUUUACAUGUUUAUCGUAAAAAUUAUGAAAUAUCCGAUUUAUAUGAGUUUAUCUUACAAUUCCCCCGACUUCCAAUACAAGGCCGACUUCGGUAUAGUGGUGACUUCCAAUACACUUGUCCGUGUGCUUCUUCCAAGCAGAGAGCAUGCGUAUGACAUGUUGUUAGUAUCAGGUAUUGGUAUCGGAAGUCGAACUUAAACUCUCUAUUAUUUCACGUAAUCGAGACUUCCUAUAUCUCUUCCUUCCUAUAUAUGUUGAUUACAGCCAAUGAAAUGAAUAUAUUAUUGGAACGCCACCUCCAACCGGAAAUUUGAAUUUUGAUCCAGUCCUAAGACCAAUGUACUUCAUCAGGUAUCCAGUAUUGUCAUGUGAGCAAAAUAAAGCAAUAUGGUUGACUAAUUUAUCAUGAGUUAUUAAUGAGUUUGAGAUAUUCCGAUAACCGAUAUUGAAGGACCGAUAUUUUGCCGAUACCGAUAUUCUAUGUCAUUUCACAAAAUUCAAAAAUGACAUCAUGACAGUUCUACUUUAAUACUUUUGAAUUUAAUUCAAUUCAAUUCAUUUGUUUCUAAAUGCUAAAAAUAUCAAAUGAAAUGCAAAUUUGCAAAUACAUGCAACAAACUAGUAUAUUACUACGCCAGUGACUGUUUAUUUGUAAUAAAAAUUACUAUUGGACUGCAGCUAUAACCAAUCAUUAAAUAUUAUUUGUUAGUAUAAUUACAUAAGUGAUUAUUGCAAAUUCUCCACGCUGAUUGGUUGCCAUUGAGGUGAUUAUAUAAUCACCUAAGCGAUUUUCGAAAUGCCGACCGAAGCCGUUUUACUUUGUCAAUUACAUGACGAAGAAAUUUGUAUAUUUUCUUCAAAAAAUCACCUAUAUGAAAUCAUACUGAAACAAUUAUUCACCUCAGGCUCGGUGAUUAUCGUGAAUAAAAACCUCGACUUCGUCCCGGUUUUUAUUCACCAAUAAUCACCUCGCCUUCGUAAUAUCAACAACAAAAUUACUAGCUAACACCAAUAUUAAUAUUUUAAUACCGAUAAGCCGAUACCGAUACACCGAUAUGGAUAUCCGUGCAUCAUUAUUCCAGUUAUAUUCAUUUCUCUGAUGAUACCUGAAUUGUUUAUUUUACAGACUUCAAAUGAAUUCUUUAGAGCACUGAGUAAAACUUUAUGAAUAUUUUUACACUUAAGGGCCUUUAAUUGAAUGACAAAAGUUCUCAUAGGAAUCUUGGAAUAGUCAUUCAAUUUUAUCUUCACUCAAGGGUAGGAACCCUGGGGCCGAUUGUUCAAAGGUAUAGGUUAUAGCGCUAACCCUGGAUUAAAAUUUAACCUACUAUUUUAGUUUGUGUAUUUGUGUACUCGACUGUCGCCUCGAACGGAACAUUCCAUCUUUUACCUCGUGCAUGAAAAUAUUCUUACCAUUGCACUCAUAAACAUUCAUUAUUUGUAUAUUGUUUCCAUCUGAACUGUUUCACAAUAAGGUAUAUAGGUUAUGUACAAAUAUGUUUCUUAGAGAUUGUCAGUUACGCAGGGCGGAUUGUAACGGUCUGCUAUUUGCCGAUCACUAAAUGACCGAUUAAUUUCAUUUCGCACGGACAUAUAUUUUGACCAAUCACUGAAUGAAACCCCCAGAUUUCACUUAAAUUAAAGUUAACAAGCUAGAGAAGGAAAACAAAAUAUUUUCUUGGCUUCAUUGUCACAAGUAAAAAAAUCACGUCACAAGUCAUAUGGUAACAGACAUGCAGAAAAUUCCGAAACAAUAUCCGUUGAAGCAUGAACGUUUCGGUUGCUUCGAUCGUUCAGGCUGCUUACCAAAAGUAAAGUAAUGUGAUUGAUCAUGCGGGAAGUGAUCAGGACGAGCUAUUAAGGUAAAUAUUGAAAAGUUGGCCGGCUAUUAUUAGCCAUGCAAUCCCUGAACAACUGCACAGUUAAUCGGAUCAGUCAGACACAAAUGAAUUCUUUGUAAUCCUCACUGGUAAUUACCAUUUUGUCGUUUCGUUCUUUAGGUGUUGGCGGACAAAUUGAUUUUAUUCGGGGAGCCGCAUUAGGGGACGAUGGUUUAGGAAAACCUAUUUUGGCAUUUCCUUCUGUUACAAGUAAAGGAGAAACAAGGAUAGUGCCUUAUAUCAAACAAGGUAAGCAUCGGCAUUUCGUUUUAGUAGUUGAACGUGCAUAUACCUAAUAAUUCAUGUGGAUGGGAAUUUCCCAUUUUACUGAAACCCAUAGUUCAUGUGGGCGGGUAUUUCCGGUUAUGAUGUCGUUGGCCUUCAAUUCGCGGCUAGCCCUGAGUACGAGGUUGACAAUUUUUUUAGUUCUUGUUGGUAUUUUGAACUCGCGCUUUAUUGUUAUCACGAAUUUUGCUUACAUUACAUAAUUUUGAAGCCAUUCGAAGGUUAGCCCUUGGUACGAGGUUGACAAUUUGUUUAGUCCCGUUGGUAUUUUGAACUCACACUUUUCAUGUUAUCAUGAAUUUUGCUUACAUUACAUACUUUGAAGCCAUUUGUUGAGGCCACUUAAUGACUUUUUUAUUAAGUUCUGACAAAUAUUGAAGUAUUUGUAGAAAAAACAAAUAUUAAGUUCUGACAAAUAUUGAAGUAUUUGUUGAAAAAAGUAUUUGUUGUUAAUAGUUCUAUUAAACAAACCAAAAAGAACGAACACGGAAAAUUACUUGCGCGAAUUUAAAGCUGUGCGAAUAAGUCUCAACAAGGUGCGUGAAAUUAAAUCGAGCAAACUUAAAGCCGAGCGAAAAUUAGUACGACGGGAAGUUUAAUACAAGUAAGGCAGUCUAUUUCACACAAAUAUAUUAUAUGAUUCCUGGUCCUUUCUAGGUGCUGGUGUGGUAACAACCCGAGCACAUGUUCAUUACAUUGUCACUGAAUAUGGACUGGCAAAUUUAUUUGGGAAGAAUUUAAGACAACGAGCACACGCUUUGAUCCAAAUAGCACACCCAGCACAUCAGGAGCGGCUGGAGAAAGAAGCUUUUGAAAGACUCAAAUGUAUACCGUCACCAUAGGGUGUUUGUGACCUACAAACGCGAUGACGUACAAACAAACUCAUUUAAAUAAAUUGUUGUAAUAAAACAUAACUACCAUUAUUCUUCAUGCCGUGUUACAGCUUGAAAUGUAGGCGUCGAUUUGCCUUUGUAAACAGGUGAGGACGACGUCUUCAUUCUUCAAAUUCUGUGGGAAUUUAAUUAUUCUUUCUUUUACACAAUAUUAUAAGUUUAAUUGUAUUAAUGCUUCAGUCAUUUGAAACCACGCCCCACCCCCCACCCCACCCCGGGACAUAGCGGGGAAUUUACACUAACCAAGUGUUAAAAAACAUUGGGGCAAACUGGUCUUUUAAAACCCCCGUACAGCCGGGCUUCAGUAUACCUAAACUAGAAAUACAAGACAAUUUCCGCAUCAUGCAUUUAAGGUGGCUCCAUACAGUUUCUUGAAAAGUGGAAAAGACACAUUUCCGACCCACAAAAUUUGUACAUUGAUAUUUUAUAGAAGAAAUGAAACCAGAUGUCUUGUAUACAGCAGUAUUUUGAGAAUCAGAGAAUUUUUUGGUCGGAAAUGUGGCUUUUCCACUUUUCAAGAAACUGUAUGGAGCCGCCUUAAGUUAUGAGAGACAGUUAGAUAACAUAAUAAUAAUAAUUAAUAAUAAUUUAUUAAUUUAUAAAGCGCUAAAACUAUAAAUAUUCUAAAGCGCUAUCAUUACAAAUUCAAAUAAAAUGUUAUAAAGUAUGAGAUGAUACCUAUAUAUACAUGUUUAAAAUUUACUAUUAUAUUUAAAGAUAAAAUGCCUUUUUUAAAAAGAAAGGUCUUAAGUCUGUUUUUAAAAGUUUCCACUGUUGACGCCUCACGAAUGUCAGCGAGAAGUUCAAAUUUACUAUUAUAUUUAAAGAUAAAAUGCCUUUCUAAAAAGAAAGGUCUUAAGUCUGCUUUUAAAAGUUUCCACUGUUGACGCUUCACGAAUGUCAGCGGGAAGUUCAUUCCACAAAAAUGGACCAGCCUUGGCAAAAGCUCUGUCGCCAAACGUUUUCCUCAUUGUCUUAGGAACUAUUAGCAAAUUUUGCUCAUUCGAGCGCAGGCUGUAGCAACCAAUAUGCUUAGGUGUCAGAAGGUCUGAGAUAUAAGGCGGUGCAUUAGCAUGAAGAGCCUUGUACACCAGCAACAAAAUCUUGAAAAUCACCCGAUAUCGUACAGGAAGCCAAUGAAGGCCAAUCAAAACGGGAGUAAUAUGAUCGAAUUUGGGGAUUAAACAGACCACACGUGCUGCAGCAUUGAGAACUCUUUGUAACCUAUCAUAUUGAGACUGUGGCAGACCAUAAAACAAUGAGUUACAGUAGUCCAGGUGUGAAGUAACAAAAGCAUGAACCAAAAUCUUUGUUGUAUCUUCUGAAAGGAAUUUCCUUAUCUGCCGGAUAUUAUAGAGGCUGCGAAACGCCUUACUACACACUUUUCCGAUGUGAAUAUCCAUCGACAUAUGUGAGUCAAACCACAUUCCGAGGCUUUGAACCACCUCCACAGGCUCGAUCGUAGAU